CCACCACUGUGACAAAGAGGCCUGCUUGUCUUUGUCCCGCAAUGGUAUAUAAACGCCAGGGGGUCGUGGCGAUCACCAGUUUAGAGUUACCUGGUACUGAAACCGAGGAAGAUCAUGGACAGGUGUCUGAAGGCAUUGAUGGUGAUGCUGUUGGCCGCGCCCCUGGCCCUGGCCCUACCCACUGCAACCGAGGUGCCACUGACCAGCAAGGAGGGCGAGGAACUUGUGCCUUUUUUGACCUCGCUGUCAACGACACUGACGCCGAAAAUGGAACAGUCCGUGUGUUUUUGUUCCCUGGUUCUGUCCCUCAUUCUCAACAAUCAUUCGGCGCAUAUCCUUAUCCCCAGAAUACUGGGCUUAUCAAUUUUCCCAAUAGUCCACGGCCCUCUUAUCAAGGAACAGGAUAUUACCCGGGCAGUGGAUUGUAUCCGUAUUCAAGCGACUGUACUUAUUGGUGUGUACAAAAUGUGGGCUUCUCCAGAGAAGUCUAUUGCUGCAGGCAAUAGCCAUUGCACUGCCUGGCUUCCGAACAGUAUUCAUUUACGGACAAUAAUGCUAAUACUUUUAGCUAACUGAUUGUCAACAGUUAUCAUUACUCUGGUUACAGUUGAUUACAGAGAUUGAUAUUUGACAAAGCCUUUGCACCUAAAUUGAAAUGGUAUACACCCAGCUAUAUCCGCACGUGCAUGGCUACAAUGAUCCAGCUCUGCAUCUGGUGAAGUGCUUUGUCUGAACCUGCGCGUGUGUAGCCGAACGACCUUUCGUCUACUUUGGUUCAGCUAAUACAUUUGGCUGAUGGAAUAUUUUUUAUCCAAAUACUUUGAUGCAUAUAUUCAUCCUUUACGUUUUUCAUACUUCUGUAAUUCUGGACUGAAUAAACUCGAUAUAAAUA